AUGUCGACCCAAAUCACUGAAAAUAAUGACGCUGCAAAAAAGUUAAAACUUUCCAACAGACGUAGCGCGAAUCCUAGCAACAGCAAACCCUCUUUUUAUAGAUUGUUUUGCGUUUUGAAAGUUUCAUAUCAAUUCGAACUAUUUAUCGAAACUGAAAUCCGACAAAUUUACUGUUCUUCCCAAUAUAUAAUGAGAAGAGGCUUUAUUGGAACAGAGGUUUAUGAAGAUUCUUAUGACAGUGACAGUUGUAGUUUGGAUCUAGAUUUAUUGAAUUUGAAGAUAAAUUAUCCUGGUGGUGACUGUAACAAAUUCAGGAACACUGAGAUCUCCAGAAGUAAAUGUGUGAAUAGAGAUAGGGGGGACAAUCCAUCCAUAAGCAGUUCACAGAUUCAGGUAAACCAUCCAUUGGAAAACUACAAAACAGGUCCGCCUCUACUCUUCAGAGCGCCACAAGGGUAUUCCCAAAAUUCUCGACCUUCUUUGGAAACCAUAGUCGACCGGAGCAGGUCCAGUGUCCGGAUUUGCGAAGAAAGGGUUGAAAAGAACGACUUCCUCUAUCCCUCGAAGAAGAAGAGGUCCACUUGUUCCUUUGAUGUUGAAUUCGAGAAACCCGUCUUGAAGCCAAUUUCCAGAUUCACUUAUCGAGGCUCAGAGGAAAUUCGACAGUUUCCUUUCAAGGAGACACCCAGUGGAAACUUGAAAGUGAACUCUGACCAGGUCGUUUACGAAACAGAGAAACUGAGCAUCCUAGUCGCCAAACCAGAAGUGACCAAAGUGAAAAUUCUUGGAACCAGAACCACUCAACAAUCCUCCACAAUGGCUAAGACGGAAGAAGACUGCUCCAAAUGCACCGCCAUAGAUACCAUCAUGAGUCAGGGAGGUCUAACCACCUUGGGAUCGCUGAUAGGCAGUUCGCCAGUGCGGGCAAAUAACGAGGCGGUAGAGUACAAGAGCAAGAGGACCAGCGAGAUCCUGGAUCCAGAAUUGAACCUGGGCAGGUUGGGAUACAGCGGCGGAGACGGCAUCAGCUGGGAAAAGGUGAUGCUGCCGGAAAAGAAGAACCUGUACCUUGAGCUGUAUUCUAGGAUUACAAACUACACAAACGCCGACUGCAAGGUAUACAUCGACAAUGAGGAAUUCAACUGCCAUCUGUUGGUCCUUCAGUGCUACUCAGAACUUUUCGACGAGUACAUAGCCGUCAAGAAGGUGGAACUUCCUUCGGAUAAGUGCAGCGCUAGUUCUUUCGCCUUCAUUUACGAGUGGAUGAUAACUGGGGAGCCAUCAUACAAAGAGCUGAACAGAGACAACGUUCUGGAUAUAUUCAUAUCGGCCAAAUACCUCAAAAUAAAAGACCUCAUGGAACAAUGCUGGGCCUUCAUAGACAACGUGGAAGUCUUCAGCGAAGAUACUGCCUUCUUCCUGUACAUGGACGCCAAAUCCAAAGGCUACGAAGAGGUUCAAGAGCUGAUGCUGCCCAGAAUACAAGGUUUCUUCUUGAUGCUCGUCAGCUCCCAAGACUGGUUGGAGCUACAGGUGGAGGAUGUCAAGAAUUUGCUCCAGUCGAACUACAUCUGCGUGAACUGCGAGAUGGAGGUUUUCAUGUCUGCCGUCCGUUGGUUGAAGCACGACUGGGCGAACAGGGAUAAGUUCAAGUACGAGGUUUUAUCUUGCGUUAGAUUCGGCAACAUUGCUCCCUGGCAGCUCGUGGAUAUAAAGAGGAAUCCGGAAAAUCCAGACUUUAUGGAAUUGGCCAAGGAUCCUGUGAUCUGCAAGAUGAUCGACGACGGACUAGCCUUUGUGAUCAUCAAAUAUUGGUACGGCCAAGAAAACGACGAUUUCCAACAUUGGAACAGCGUGUUGGGGCUUCAGGAGCCCCCAGCGAGGAACUGGAGCGGAUCAGACAAGACCUACUUCACGUACAGGGAGUUCCUCAUCUACCUGGACCAGUACAGGAGAAACCAGCUCAUGGAGAAGAACAAACCGAGGAUGAUGACGGAUAAAAAGCCGCAGGAGCCUAAAGCCUCUCCAGCAGUGACGCCCAAAGAACUGUCCCACGAGAAACUGUCAACUCCCGGGCCCACUAUGGACGAUUUCCUGAAGAAAAAACCCACUACAUUCGGGCCGACAUCCAUAAUAGAGGCACCCGAGGAAGUCGAAGGCGAGGCGACCCGAGGCGAUUCUGACGCAACCCGAGGCGAAUCUAUUCUCAGCCUCCGGAAGAUGACCAAGCUUCGUUAUACCCUAAGGAAAUGGCCAAGGGUUCCCAUGACCGAGAACGAAGCCGCUCUGAUCAUUCAGCAGGCGUUCAAACAGUACAUGAUGAGGAAAAAGAGCUUUUACGGAAUGCUCAGCAACGCACCCAAGGAUAUUAGACUCUUGUUCACUGAUUCGAAGAACGAAUUCUUCAAACUGAACAUGAACCGCAUAAGUAAGAGCGCUCUUGGCCCGGAAAACAAGAUUUACAUCACGGACACCUCACUCUUUUUCGCCGAGAGAGAGUCCAUACUCACCUUCGGAGGACUAGAUCCUCAUGCCAGCUUCGGGACUGGCAGGAACACUGGAAAGGAGAUUUUCAGAUACGUGCCGCAUCAGAACCAGUGGGAACAGGUCGGGGAACUGCCCGAACCUCGGCAACACCACUGCGUAGCCUUCAUGAAGGGCAGGGUUUAUCUUGUAGGUGGAGCUGAUCCAAGGGAUGACGACGUGAGAGGAAAAGCCAUCGUGGUGGACACAGUGUGGAGCUUCGAACCAGUGAAGAGGAGCUGGUUCAGCGAGGGAAGUUUGAACAUACCCAGGAAGAAUUUUGGCCUCAUCGUCCACAGGAACCAUCUUCUGGCCAUCGGUGGCCAGGACAGACAAUACAAAACCCUGGGCUCGGUUGAGAUGUUCGACUCGAAGAAAGGAAAUUGGACCCUGAUGGCUCCUAUGCAGUAUACGAGGACGGGAUUGGCUUGCGCCAAGUACAGGGGUGUUGUUUGGGCCGCAGGAGGCCUCAGCAUCUUGCCGAAAGGAAACAGGAUUUUGGAUGUGGUGGAGAGCUAUAACCUCGAGACGAAUCAGUGGACGGAAAUAACCAGACUGAGGUUUCCCCGUUGUUUCUUCAAGAUGUUCGUCAUUUACGACCGCCUCUAUCUGGUCGGAGGUGCAGGCUUCGAGACCAAGAAAGAUCCGACCACGUCCAGCAUUGGGGCGAUAGACAUGUGGGACGUGAAGAGGCUAAAAUGGGCUCACGCAGCCGAAAUGGUCAUUCCCAGACAUGGACAUUCGGUCUCUUUCAUCGGUACGCAAUUCUUGAUCAUUGGCGGCGUGACGACGAUCUACAUGAGGGCCUUAAAUAACGCGGAAUGUUUCUGCGUUCAGAGAGGGAGAUGGGUUAGAGGAGUUGCCCCUUUACCAUUGCCAAUAUCUGGACAUGCUUCAGUCACUCUACCACCGGCCAUGUUGAUAACACGUUGAUAUUAAGAAGAUUUCCAUUGCAUAUAGGCCCAAAUUGUUCUUUUCUGAUUCCUCUUAUGUAGUUUCGAAUUCCCCU